AUGGCCCCCAAGAACAUCAAAGAGAUCAUCGAGAUGGACGACGAGCCUUCACCCUCGUCCAGUGGAGCGUCUUCACCAGUCGUCGUCGGCAGCACUACUGUCAUUGAGAACCUCGUUGAACGUCUACAGAAGCUGGAGCGUAAGAGUGCUCGUCAAAAGUCAUGCAGUGACGUGGACAGCGACUCUGAGAGCGAAGCUGAAGAUGAGUCGAGCAAGAAGAAGCAUCACCACUCCGACAAGCCCGAGCACGACACCCUCGAGAAGGACCAAGACGACGACGAAGAGGAAACACCAAUCGAGACUGACCAUCAAGCACUGAUCAAAAAGCUCUACGAAGGCAAGUUGAAGUGCAAGUGCUGCACGAACUGGGUCUCAAAGUAUCCACAAGGCAUCGAGAAGCCCACCGAGCAAACCAAGGAGAGUUGGCGAAGUGCUGCUCUGCUGCUCCGCUACAAGAAGUCCCACAGCGACCUCGGAGAAGACCCAUUCCAGCUUCACUCGGUCACUAUCCAGAGCCCACACCUCAGGAAGCUGGCUCAAGAGGUUCUCCACGAUUAUCCUGCCAUCGACACGAGCCUUCAGAAGCUGGUGUUCAAGGCGCCGUUCUGGCCGUUCUAUCAUCGUUGGAAUCUUCUUGAAGGAUACAGGGCUUCUGUUUUGCAAUCUUCGACCGAUGGCGAAGAGGUCGGACAUGUCAAUACUCUCUAUGAUGUGUUGCAUGAAGAGCUGCGCGAUGCACUCGCCACUUCGAAGGAGCUGGCCGCUAAUGGUAACAUCGACUUUGACCUCCUGUGGACUAUCUUCCCACCAGGCUGCGUUGCCUUUGAACGUAUUGGCACCGUCGACCGAUGCUACCUCGUUACCGAUUGUGAGUAUGGUUCUAGCAAGAGGACUGAGGCAAGCUACUUCCUCGUCCACUUGGCAUACCUCGACUACGACGGCGACAUGUACGGCUGGACCAAGACGAAGACGUACAUGUUUGGGUUCAAGGAUGUCCGCCGCAUCUCGGAGCUUAAGCUGGUUCCUAAAGAGUAUCGACAAGGUGCCGACGAGGUCAUCAGCCGUUUGGUCGAGCGAGGCAACAAGGCCAAGUCGCUGGUCACUGGUGCGUACAAGGCUUACCGCGGCUUCAUCGACAACCACAAGUCGGAGCCUUGGGUUGAUGGCAGGAUCAUGGUCGACACUACCGAGUAUUACAAGAACAUGUCUUGCCGACACUUUGUCGCAAAUUUCUACCCCAUCGGACUUCAAUCAAUCGUCCCUGAGGGAGAAGUCUGCCUGGCUGGCACAGACGGCGAUGAUGUCGCCAAGAAUACGGUCAUCGAGGAUGUUCACAUUCAGCAACAACCCCCAUCAAAACCACACCCGGAUGACCUCAUGGACCCCUUCGCCAAUCUCAGCUUCCCACCGAUGCCUCCUAUGCCAUACUGCCCGCCAGACCAGCCAAGACUCAAGAAGAAGGGCAAGCGAUUCGGCAAGUCCCCCAAAGCGGCUGACUUCAGCUGGGCAUACCCUUCGGAGGACGAACCAACGCCAGAGGACGACGGACUCGGCACGGAUUCUACCGUUGCCACCUCCAUGGAAACCAUGCACGGCUGGACUCACUGCGUCUUCGGCAUCGAGCCAGAAGCCUUUUGUCCUCCCACUGUAGCUGGCUACUGCUUGACCACCAAGAUUUGGACAAGCUUUGCCGUCGAUAACAUCUUCGACAUCGAGUGGAACGACGUUGCAUUCGAGAAACUCGUCAUGCCCUCCCCUCGCAAGAGGCUGCUGAAGGCUCUUGUGCAAGAGCACAAGAAGCACAAGGACCAUUCUGAUGAUGUCAUUCGCGGCAAGGGUCAAGGUCUUGUGCUUCUUCUUGCGGGUCCUCCUGGUACGGGGAAGACGUUGACGGCGGAGUCGGUGGCGGAUAAGUUGCGGUUGCCGUUGUAUGCUCUGGAUGCUAACCAGCUUGGUGAAAGAGAGAAUAAUGAUUUUGAUCCUGAGAAUAUCGAGGAUGAGCUGAACAAAGUGUUCAAACUGGCUGCGGCAUGGGAUGCUGUCCUCUUGCUCGAAGAAGCAGAUGCCUUCUUAGAGCCACGAGUCGACGACGACGAUGCCCGGGAGAGGAACAAACGCAUCGCGGCCUUCCUCCGCGUCCUAGAAUACUACAAGGGAAUUCUCAUCCUCACCACCAACCGCUCCACCCACUUCGACGACGCCCUCUACUCCCGCAUCCACCUCACUCUUCGCUUCCCGUCCCUCGACGAAGACGCCAAGAAGGCCGUCUGGCGGAACUUUCUCGAUCCCGUUACUGUCGACAUUACGGAUCAGGAUUUUGAUGAGCUCGCGCAGGAGGAUAUGAAUGGAAGGCAGAUAAAGAAUGUGGUGAAGAUGGCAAGACUGCUGGCGGAGGCUGAGGAGGAGGAGCUGGGUGUGGGGCAUUUGAUGGAUGUCAUCAGCGUGAUCAAGGACUCAGACGCAGACGCCGAGGACGACGAUGACGAAAGCCAUAAUGACAGCGACAGCGACGCCGGAACCGAGCGUGACAGCGUCACCGGAGAGAAGAAGAGUGAAACUCCUACCCAUCCGAUCCACCCAGUCGACCCUUUCGCCAACAUGGGCAUGAAAGCCCCACCUCCCCCAGCGCCGGCGUACCCCUACACGAACCCAGCUCCGAACCCUUUCGCGACGCCGAAUCUCGACCGCCUCCCGCCGCCUCCUUUUGAACAAGGUGCCGAGAUGGUUCCGCAUGAUAGGCAUACGAUUAAGUUGCCGGCGGGGCCAGGGAGUAAGUGGUGUUAUAGUGUGUCGGUCGGAUAA